AUGUUUGGACAGUUCUGUCCAGAAAAGAGAUCAACAACUGCCGAACAGACAACCAAACACAACUUUCGAGAAUGCUACAACCUCAACAGGACAGUUCAACUCGACUGUCGAGAACACUACAACCUCAACAGAAAAGUUCAACACGACCUUCGUAAACACUACAACCUCAGCGGGCCAACCAACGACAUCCUUUGUGAUAUCCGUAACCCCGAUCGUACAACCAACCAUAAACUCUGUAACUGUUACAGCCUCCUCAGAGCAGCCAACCACAACGUCUGUUCCAGCUUCAACACCCGAACAGUCAUCUACAACCUCUGCACAAACUACAGUCUUUACGGAACACCCAACCACAGCGCCUGUAUCAACUGCAGCCACGACAGAACAACCAACUACAACCUUUGUACCAACCGUACCCCUUACGGAAGUACCAACUACAACCUCUGUACCAACCGUAGCCCUUACAGAAGUACCAACUACAACCUCUGUACCAACCGUAGCCCUUACAGAAGUACCAACUACAUCCUCUGGGAUAGCGAUAACGUCAUCAGAACAACCAAGCACAACUUCUACGCCAGCUCCAACCCAAACGAAUCAGUCAACUACAGCCCCUGUGCCAGCGACGACCUCAACGCAACAACCAACUUCAACCUAUGUAACAGCUAUUGCCUCCACGGGACAGUCGGUACCAAUCUCUUUGCCAACAGUAACCUCAACAGAGCAAACAACCAUAAGCUACACUGUACUUAA